AUGGGAUUACGUCUUUAUCUUGCCGUGCUCCAUGACCGCCAGCCAAGUCACUACUACAGUACUGUCACUUCUCCUAUCACUUCGCAAAACUGUCACCACGCUCUAUCUUUAAUCACUACUAUUACCAACCCGUUGCGAGAUUCUGAUAUCGCCGCUCCCUUCGGUGCUACUAUCAUUAUCAAGAUUGUUUUCUUGAUUUCGACUGUGCCGCUCAUCCAGACUCCACUGCUCAUCACGAUUGUGUUGUUGAUCUCGACUGCGCUCGUCAACACGGUGAAUGCAGGAGAUGUGGCCAGCCUAUUCAACGUCUCUGUCAACGAUGUCCAGGAACUGAGAGAGUAUAUUGGCAUAUUCAUCGACGGCAGCGAGCUUUGCAGAACCCAUUUAUCCCGUCGCGAUGGAGUCAGGCUCGAACAUUUCAUAGAAGAGAAGCUUGCUGAGAACACAACUCUCCCAGAUGCAUUUCGUAUCAAGCGUGAUCAUCAAAAUUUUCCCAGGCUUGUAGCUCUCGUCAAGCAGAAGAUCACGGAAAAAUGCCGCCAACGCGCCAAACGCAACAGUCGCGCUCACUCGGAUACCUGUAUCAGUGCCCUGGCAACAAUUGGCCUUCGGUUCUCUGACGAUAAACAGAGUAAAGACUAUGGUCUUUGCGCUUUCCGCGAUCUCAUGAAGGACGACAUUACACCAACGGGGGAUACAAUCAGGGUUGAAGAUUUUGACUACCAGAAGUUUCUGCAGAGAGUCAACUCCACAGCAGUAGCGACAAGGACAGGCGAUGGCGAAUCUAAGAUCGUGUAUAAGGAUCGCAACGGCUCCGCUGCAAUCAUUGAUGAGAUCUCAUGGGCGGCUGCCAUCAUGCAACUUCUUCAGGACGCGACUUCUGCUAAACAUCGAUUCGUCUUCCAUCUGGAACGGAAAGACCCUCUAGUGCAAGAUAUCUCUGCAGCCCCACAACCGGAUGGCGCAGACCGCCGCAAUACCCGACGACUUUCCUCUGCUUCUAUAAAAUCAGAGCCUGAUACAGCAUCUCCGCAAAAGAGGCGGCGUCUGGAUUCCGACUAG